CCAAAAAAAUUUUAUUGUCGGAAAAAUAACAAUUAAUUAUUAAAAAGCCCAGUUAAUAUAUCAAAAUGAUGGCGCGCCGCGGUGGAAAGCGCAUACGUAUGGAUGAUCCGCCUCCGGCUCCAGAAUACGACGAAAUGCACAGUGAUGCUUUAAAUGAAAGUACAUCUGAUGCAGACAGCCCCACCAAGCGCAUGACGCGACUGCGUGCACGUGGUGGCGUCCGUGACAAACCGCCAAUCAUCGAUGAUGACGAGGAUGAGUUUUUUGCGCCCGUUUCACGCAAACGAAAGACACCACAAACACGCAAACCGCCAGCGGAGCGAAAGGAGCGCAUUGAGCGGCCGCGCAAAGAACCAGUGGAGAAGGCGCACCACGAACGCAUCGACAACGAGCGUGAAAUUACAACCGAUGAGAACAGUUUAUACUAUAUUGUUCGACACUCAAAGAAUCCAAUUGCGAGCAUUGUUGAUCAAUGGAUUGGGCAGUACAAAGCGAAUCGGGAAACAGCACUUGUUGCCUUGAUGCAGUUCUUUAUAAAUGCGAGCGGUUGCAAAGGAAAAAUAUCAGAGGAUAUACAAUAUCCUGUUGAUCAUACGGCUAUCAUUCGUCGCAUGACGGAAGAAUUUGAUGAGGAAAGCGGCGAGUAUCCAUUGAUUAUGACCGGCACACAGUGGAAGAAGUUCAAACAUAAUUUUUGUGACUUUGUGCAAACGCUUGUUAAACAAUGUCAGUAUUCCAUAAUUUAUGAUCAGUUCUUAAUGGACAAUGUGAUCUCGCUACUGACGGGUCUGUCCGAUUCACAAGUACGCGCUUUUCGUCACACCGCCACAUUGGCCGCAAUGAAAUUAAUGACGGCAUUGGUGGAUGUCGCUCUUCUCGUAUCGAAUAAUUUCGAAAAUGCAGCCAAACAAUUUGAAGCUGAGCGCGUUAAAUCACGGGAUCGUCGCGCAUCGGAUCGCUUGGACUCGCUGAUGACAAAACGCUCGGAGUUGGAAGAGAAUAUGGAUGAGAUCAAAAGCAUGUUAACCUACAUGUUCAAGUCGGUAUUUGUACAUCGGUACAGAGAUACUCUGCCAGAUAUACGAGCCAUUUGUAUGGCUGAGAUUGGCAUAUGGAUGGAAAAUUAUCCGCAAAAUUUCCUGGACGAUUCAUAUUUGAAAUAUAUUGGCUGGACGUUGCACGAUAAAAUUGGUGAAGUGCGUCUACGCUGUCUCCAAUCGCUGCUGCCCCUCUAUGACAAAGAUGAGCUAAAAGGCAAACUGGAGCUGUUUACGUCCAAAUUUAAAGACAGAAUUGUAGCCAUGACACUGGACAAGGAAUUCGAGGUGUCUGUGCAUGCCGUUAAGCUGGUAAUCAGCAUACUAAAAAUACAUCCGGAGAUUUUGGCUGAUAAGGAUUGUGAGAUUGUCUAUGAGCUGGUCUACUCCUCGCAUCGAGGUGUUGCUCAGGCUGCUGCAGAGUUUCUCAAUGUGCGUUUGUUUCACCUAACCGCCGACAUGGAAGAAACGAAGACAAAGCGUGGUAAAUUGCGUCUGCCCAAUACACCUCUGAUUCGAGAUCUCGUGCAAUUCUUCAUUGAAUCAGAGCUGCACGAGCACGGCGCCUAUUUGGUGGACUCCUUCAUAGAUAGCAAUGAUAUGGUGCGCGAUUGGGAAUGUAUGACUGAUCUGUUGCUGGAGGAGCCAGGUCCCAAUGAGGAGGUGCUCGACAACAAACAGGAAUCUACAUUGAUCGAAAUCAUGGUGAGCAGCGUCAAGCAAUCCGCGACAGGCGAGGUGCCCGUGGGACGUGCCAGCAAUCGCAAGUUUACACUUAGCUCUAAGGAGCUAAAAGCCAUACAGGAUGAAAAGGUUAAGUUGACAGAGCAUUUCAUUGUGACACUACCGGCUCUAUUGGAAAAGUAUCAGGCAGACAGUGAAAAGCUGGCCAAUUUGCUGGCAGUGCCGCAGUACUUUGACCUCAAUCUGUACACCACCAAUCGGCAGGAGGGCAACUUGCAGGCACUGCUGGAUAAGAUUAGUCAAGUAAUGUGUAUGCACACCGGUCGUGACGUCCUCGAGACCUGUGCCAAGACACUGGAAUGCCUCUGCGCCGAAGGAAGCGCUACGUACACUCGCUGCAACAUUGCCCGCUCCAAUAUCAUCGAGAGUGCGGUCAACAAGUACAAGGAUACCAUCGUCGAGUGGCGAAAUCUUAUUUUAGGCGAGGAGACACCCAACGAGGAUGACAUCUAUAAUAUAACCAUAGCGCUAAAAGUGUUGUCCAUUUUGUAUUCGUCCCACAAUCUGAAUUCGUGGGAUUUAUUUAAAUCUCUGUUUCGUGACGUUGAGGAGGCGCAGUGUAAGGACAAUGUUGAACGUUGUCUACCCAAUGAGGCGCUGGCGUAUUGCAUUGAGGCCUGCUACUUCUCGAUUAGCUGGGGCCUCUACUACGUUGAGAAUGACUGCGAAGCGUUGAAUGUGGCCGAGGUUGUAGCUGAGCUGCGCAGCAAUUUAGACAGUUUUAUGUCCGCUUGCUUUGAGCUGACCCGAGACGGGCCUACUGUCCAAAUUCAAGAAGCUGCUUACCAGUCCAUCUGUGAUCUGCUCAUCAUUUACUCAGAUCAGUUGGCGCGCAGCGAGAGUGAGCAUAUACGCAGCUUGGAAUACAAGUCGCGCAUGGACGAACAUCUCAUCUUAGACAAUUUUGUGCAGCACUACGUGUUCUCGCUGAAACAGGUUGUUGCCCAGGAUGAAACCCGCAUCGAGGAGUUGCAUAAAAAACGAAACUUCUUGGCCUGCUACUGCAAACUAAUUGUCUACAACAUAAUACCUACAAUGCGAGCAGCAAGUAUAUUCAAAUAUUAUGUAAAGUGCUAUAACGAGUACGGCGAUAUUAUUAAAGCUACGCUGGGAAAGGCGCGAGAAAUCAAUAAGGUUAACUUUGCCAUGACGCUCUUGCUGAGUUUAAUUACAGUGUUUAAGAGCCUGCAAGAGCAAAGUGAUGAUGGUAUUGUAUCAAAGAGUUCACAGGAGUUUAUCGAUCUGAAGGAGUUGGCUAAGCGGUUUGCGCUUACUUUCGGGUUUGAUGCCCUUAAGAAUCGCGAGUCGGUUGCUGCCAUACAUCGGGGCGGCAUUUACUUUGCUGCCAAUAAACAGCCCGAUGAUCCAGUCCGUGCACCAACUCGCAUUCUGUUUCUGGAGGUGCUCAAUGAAUUCAACUACAAAUUGCUGAAGCAAGAUAAGAAGGUGAUCAUGGCAUUCUUGGACAAGGUCAUACCGCCGGGCAUGCCGUCGAGUCGUGCGGAGGAGUGGCAGCCCCUAAUACUGUAUCGUAAUUCCUUGCUGCACGGCGAAACGGAUCAGGCGCCGGUGGUCACUCGAAGAGCGUACACGCGCAAGCGAAGAGAUCAUGAUGAAGAUGACGAGGAGGAGGAAGACGAAGACGAACACAAUGAUCCCGAUUAUAGAGGCUGAGAUCAUCGAAAGAAAUUAAAUACAAAUUA